GACCUUCUGUAUGUGAUAGGUCCAUCAUACUGUUAGUUUUAACGUACUGCAAUACAUUUCACAAUAAUAAUACAAUUAAAAUGAUUAAAACUCAAACUCAAACAUUUUUUUUAAAACUUAGUUUAAUAUUUUUGUACUUGAAUUAUACAAAUGGUUGUGUCAGUAAUAAAAAACUUUACACUGAAAUUGGUUGUAAACCUAUUUAUAGCAAUGAUUCAAAUUCUUGUCCAGUGGCAUAUGACUGUGAAAAAGUGUUUGCUAGACCAAGUAACAAGUGUUAUCUUAAUGGAAAUGUUUACGAGCCAGUUGAAAGUCUUUCUAAAAUUGACUCAGCAUUAAACCCAUGUUUUGCUGCCUGCUUUUGCGAUCAAAGAACCUAUGAUAAUAAGACCACAACUAAAUUUACAUGUGCCAAGGUUGAAUGUCCAUCAUAUUUCACAAGACUAAGAGAUCCAUGUUAUUAUCAAUAUGACAAAGAUUCAUGCUGUGAGGUUAAAAAAUACUGUCCUGAAGAGAAGACAAUUGAUCAUGAAUGUGUACAUGACAAUCAGGUUUACAAAAAUGGUCAACGAUUUUAUGUUGGUGAUUAUUUACAAUGUGUAUGCUCACCAGAAUUUAAUGGYACUGUUAGUGAUAAAUCAUGUAGAGAGGUUGGUUGCAGUUAUGAGAUUUUAUACAUGGAAAACAUUUUAAUACGAAGUGCUCCAGUUUAUUUCGAAAAAGCGGACGGAUGCCCUAUUGAAUGGUUCAAUCCUGAAUAUAAUGCUGCAACUGCUGAUGAAAUCACUUCUACCAGCAAGUCUAAUGACYACAAAUGCAAAUAUGGGGAUUUGAGUUUCUCAGUAGGUCAAAAUAUAACUAUUGGUCAACAAUCUGACUCAGAUACAUACAAAACAACAUGUUCUUGCAAUACCCCUCCAUUAGUUACUUGCAUCAAAGUCAGAAAAUAGAGCAUUUAAUAAUAACAAUAUUAUAAUACUGGAAUAGCGGAAAGCUGUAGUACCAAACRUUCUCUCUGAAGCCCUUCAUCCAGACAACAUAAAUAACAUAAUUUCCUUUAUAAUUAAGACCAAUCUUAUAAAUCUUUUGUAACUUGUUACCGGUAUAAACUAAUAUUAAUGUAUUUUAAGACAUAAUGUAAACCUUGUAAAAUUUWUGCGGCCUAUAACAUUAGACCCGGAGUCUUUAAAUAAAUUAUAAUAAAAAAAAUAUUAUAGUACAUAAGUAGUAACUAUUUACAAAGAUCACAAAAUCAUUGAAUUCAAAUUUAACACAUCUAUUACACUAUUACAGUAAUGCCUCUAGUCUAAACAAUAGCACCAACUGUACAGCACAGCCUUGCCCUCAUUUAUAUCUUUGAUACUAAAAAAUCUAUAAUUUAUUUUAAUUAAAUUUUAUUUGAAUCCAUACAAAAAAWAAUGUUGAUAUCCAAAUUKUUAUUCAUAUUAAAAUCUAUUUUAAAAUAGUCCAGCGAAUUGGUUUAUCGAAUAGUAAACAAUUAUGAGUAUAUACAAAUAUUUUGUGUAGAAUAUUCUGUUGUACAUUCGUACAUAUAUUUUUUUUAGGGUCUUUAGGGCAUAGUAUAGCGGUUAUAUUAAGAUUUUCUAGGUCAUUUUUUAGUUAUUUUAAGUACCAUGGUGAUAAGAUGUUAUGUAUUAAAAUUUUGGUAGUUAUUUUAUUGAGAGAAUUUGGAAAAUGGAAAAAAAAAGAAGCGUAAUCUAAAAAAUCCUGGAUAAACCACUUAAUUUAUUACUUUAAUUAUAUAAUACAGUUUAAAAUUCAAGACAAAUUUUUAUUUAUACUUAA